UCGAGAGGGUCACCCGCCCCUCCGUUUUUCUUUAGCCUGUCGCUUCCUUCUCAUGAAAAACGGUGGCGAAAAGCCCCAGGGAGGGGACGGGAGGGGGAAAGAUUUCCCAGGAAUGAGGACUUCCCCCGCCCCUCCCCUCGAUGACUCGGCUUAGCCGGAACUUCGGAGCGUCUGCGUGGCGGUGGGGGCCCUAAUGAGUGUCCGCACCCACUGAGCGCUCAGUACAUAGCACCGAUCGGGCGGUCCCGCUAGCGAAAGGCGUGGUGGUGGGGGGGGGGGGGUGGCAUCCCUACUCGGAGCCGGCCGUGUGUUGUCCGCCCGCCGUGGCACGGGGAAGGGGCAGCCCUUCGAGGGCCUGCCCUUUGCCCCAUCCCCACCCACCGGCCCCGUUAGGGUCCCGGGCCGGAAACCCCGACAGAGCAGAAGCGGAGGAACGAGGGCGGCCCCGCCAUGGCCUUUCCCCAGCCCAAGCCCCAGAAGCCCGAGCUACCGCGGAAGCUGCUGCGGACCCUGGAGUGCAAGCAAGGCGCCGUGCGGGCCGUGCGCUUCAAUGCGGACGGAAACUACUGUCUGACCUGUGGCACUGACAAGUCUCUCAAGCUAUGGAACCCGCAGAAGGGGACGCUUCUCAAAACAUACAAUGGACAUGGCUAUGAGGUGCUGGAUGCACACGGAUCCUUUGACAACAGCCACCUGUGUUCCUGCAGCAGUGACAAAACUGUGGUGCUGUGGGACGUGUCCACGGGCCAAGUGGUCCGCAAGUUCCGAGGCCACGCAGGAGUGGUCAACUGUGUGCAGUUUAAUGAGGAGGCUACGGUCAUUUUGUCCGGUUCCAUCGACACGAGCAUCCGGUGUUGGGACUGCCGGUCCCGCCGUCCGGACCCCGUUCAGAUCAUGGAUGAGGCCAAAGACGGGGUGUCCAGCGUGAAGGUGUCGGACCACGAGAUCCUGGCUGGCUCCGUCGAUGGCCACGUGAGACGCUACGACCUGCGCAUGGGUGAACUGCAUGCCGAUUACGUGGGAAGUAAGCACCCGUGGGGGGAAGUGGGGGCAGAAACGUCCGGUGGGGGCCCGGGGCCCCCAGAGCCCCAGCACCUGCCGGCCUUGGUGCCUCUGGUGCCGGAGCUGGGGCGGAUCCGGCCUCACCUCGGGCUUCUCAUUCCAGGCCCCGUCACCAGUGUGUGUUUCAGCAAGGAUGGCCAGUGCAUCCUGGCCUCCAGUCUGGACUCGACCCUGCGCCUCCUGGACAAAGACACCGGCGAGAUGCUGGGCGAGUACAGCGGCCACAAGAACCAAGCCUGCAAGCUCGACUGUUGCCUGAGCGAGCGGGACACUCACGUGGGCAGCGGCUCCGAGAAUGGCAAGGUGUACUUCUGGGAUCUGGUGGAGGGCUCCUUGGCCUUGACCCUGCCGGUGGGAGGCAGCGUGGUCCAGUCCUUGGCCUUCCACCCCUCCGAGCCCUGUCUGCUCACUGCCACCGAGGGCAGCGUCCAGUGCUGGCGGGCGGAUUCGUACACGGCCGAAGAAAUCCCAGGCUGAGGCGCCUACCGGGCUCGGAGUCACGUCAUGCGCUUGACUUUCAUUAAAAGGAACGUUCCGGGG